AAGUGCAGCUGCAGGGCGAGUCUAGACGCCUCCCGCCCCCGCUCCUCCCCCCGCCGCCUCCGCCGCCGCCCGUCCUCGGCCUGGUCCUUUUGUGCCCGCGGAGCGCCCGGGGUCAUGUGGAGUCACCGCAGCGGCCGCCUCCGGGCCCACGGCUACAACCUGCAGGAGCAGCGGGAUCGCUGGCGGGAGCGGGAGGCAGCUUUAAGGAAGGCCAGGCGGGAACAGCAUCUGGUCAGCAAGAGAUUGCUGAGGGACACUGAUCUGGAAGAAGCCAGAGAUGAGUUCCAGAACAAGCCCCUGGAAGAGCUGGAGGUGCUGCACUUACUGCGGAUGUCUCAACGGGGAAGCGAGAAGGAAAAAGAGAAGGCAUUAAUCAGCCUCCGGCAUAGCCUACAGCAUCCUGAGACCCAGCAGACCUUUAUCAGGCUAGAAGGCAGUAUUCGGACACUCAUUGGACUCCUGACUAGCAGCUGGGCUUCACUCCAGAUGGAGGCAGCUCGAUGUCUGCAUGAGCUCUCCCAUGCUGACCAGCCGAAUGUGGCCGAAGCCUGUCUGCCUUCCACAUCGUACCUCCUCACGUACCUUUCUGGGCACAGUGCUGACUUCAUAGUCAGACACCUAGUGAUGGAAUUUGGAUCCAAGGGCCUGGUUCCAGACUCAUGUCUGUCCAUCCACUGCUCAGAUGCCUGAAACCCUGUCUCUCACUGCCAUCCCACUGCAGGACCUAGUAUCAGAAUCAGUGACUCUUGGACCCACACAUUAUGUCACAUGUCCUUUGAAAGUCAUAUUAUUAGCAUUAACUAAAGUGGUGGUAUAAGGCACGAGUAGGUACUGAUCCCCAGCUUCUGAUUACUGGGACCAACAGCUCAUGUGUCCAGUCUGAUAUCAAUUCCUCAGGGGCAUGGGCAGGACCCUGGGGGUGGCCGUUGUUCACUUGUUGAAUGUUGAAUUGUUGGGCUCAGAUUUGUUGAUAAAAAUGUUUCAAGGAUUCCCCUCUUCUUAGUUUGGGGAAGGGAAAAACCUCAGAACUCUUUCUUGUUCCUUCUGUUCUCAGGAGCUAUGUCUCUACACACUAGGCAAUCUGGCUGUGGAAAGCGAGGCUGUGAGGAGGCAGCUUCUGCCACAGGGCAUUAUUCCAGCUCUUGCUUUAUGCAUCCAGUCCCCUCAUGCAGCUGUUCUGGAAGCUCUUGGCUACACCUUGUCACAACUUUUGCAGGCCAAUGAAGCUCCUAAAGAAAUCAUUCCGUCUGUCUUGGACUCUGCCAUCCUCCCGAACAUGCUUCGACUUCUGCACCCUACCCCAGAGCUCGGGGCUAGCGUUGCUGUGGAGUUUGCCUGGUGCCUUCACUACAUUAUCUGCAGCCAGGUGAAUAAUCCACUGCUCAUUACCCGAGGAGCUUUGUCCACUCUGGGGCUAUUGCUGAUGGACUUGGCUAGGGCUGCCUCAGGAUCUGUGGAUACAGGACUGGAUCUGUUGGCCUGCCCAGUACUUCGGUGCUUUGGUAACUUGCUGGCAGAGGAAGGAGCGGCAGAUGCAGGAGUGCGAGCAGAUUUUGGAGAUGAGCGAAUUAUAGUGGCCAUGUUUAUCCUCAUGGAGUUCUUCAUCCAGCAUCAACCUAGCCUGGUUCCUGAGUGCCUCUGGGUCCUCAACAACCUAACUGUAAAAGAUCCUGGCCUCUGCACUGCCAUGCUCUCCCUGGAUCUGGUUGCUCCCCUCUUGCAGCUCUUACCCAUUUCACGGGUGGUACGUAUAUUGGUGCUCACAAUCCUGUGCAACAUCGCGGAGAAGGGCCCUUUCUACUGCCAGAGGCUCUGGCCUGGUCCACUACUCCCCCACUUGCUAGAAAUCCUGACCCUUUCUGACUCAGAGGUGGUAGGCCAGAGCCUGGAGCUUUUGCAACUGCUGUUUGUACACCAGCCUGAGGCAGCUCAGGACUUCUUACAGCAUGCUGGCCUACAGGCCUUGGAGAAACACAAAGAAGAGGCUGACCUCCAGGAACGCAUCCAAGCUCUUCAGGAGGUGGCACUGGGAGGAAGUUCACUUGUACCUAACGCAUUGGCGCUGCCAUAGCCUCUCUCUUGCUUUCUUCUAGGGGCUAGCCCUGUCCUUCUGUGGUUCAAAAGUUAUCCUCUGUGCUCCAGUAAUGUUUCCCUUCAGGGAUGACUAAAUGGGCGCCAGAUGCAGGCUGCUCAGAGUCCUGUCCCAUUUCCUGUCCCCCUCCCCUUACCCCCCCCUUCCUUUUCCCUCUUUCAUAUAUCACAGCUUCUCUUAGAACUGAAAAGUUGUAUUACAUUAAAUUUCUUCAGUCACAA